GCUGGUGGGCCGAUGCCUGGCUGUGCCCAUCCACCACCCAAAGAUGGCCAGUGGAGUGCCAGUUUUCCUGCUCCUCCUCUGGAGAACACACACACCUCAAGGUGCAGGAGUUCAGGUUUUGCCACCUGUUAACUUCACCCUCACAGUCUCUGCAUUAGCACAAGUGCUGUUACAGUGGGAGCCAAACCCUGCUCAGGAACAAAACAACUCCACCAUUCGAUACGAUGUGAAAAUCCUGAGCCCUGAGCCAGAAGAGUAUGACACCAGGAGGACUCACAGUGUGCGAACUGCGGCGCUGCACAACGGCUUCUCCGCCCGCGUGCGCACCCUGCUCCUCCAGGAGGGCAUCCCGAGGAGCAGCGACUGGGUGGAGGGAAACCUCCCACCUCUGCCAGGUGCUACAGAGACCUCUGUCACCAACCUGUCCUGUGUCACCCAUGUCACCAUCCCUGGCAAUGUCUCUCUCCGUUGCACUUGGCUCCCUGGCCAAGGGGCUCCAGAAGACACCAAAUACUUCCUGUUUUACAGGUAUGAGACCCACACAGAGGAAUGUCCCACUUACACCAAAGACAAGUGGAGCAGGAAUACUGAGUGCAGAUUUGCAAGUACUCAGAUCAAACCUGAUGAGAUUGACAACCUCGUUGUCAUUCACAUUAAUGGCUCCAGCAGACAUGCUGCAAUCAAGCCUUUCCAGCAGUUAUUUAACCAAAAUGCCAUUGAGAAAGUGAAUAUUCCCAGAAAUAUCAGCAUAUCCCUGGAGCAAAAUGAUCUCCUGGCCACGUGGGAGAAGCCAAUUUCUCCUUUCCACGAGGAAUGUUUUGAGCAUGAAUUUUAUCUCAUCAACCUGAAGUCAGGUAACCAGCAGAUCCUGAGAAUCUCCUCCAGCAGUUUCCAGCUGUGGGUGGAUGCCAGCAGCAGAUAUUCCAUCAGGAUCAGGGCCAACCUCAACCACAUCUGCCGUGCCCCAGGAGUCUGGAGUGACUGGAGUGACACCAUUUAUGUUGGCCAAAAUAAACUGGAGAGUUCCACAACCUGGAUUCUCACUCUGCUCUGUGUGUGCACGUCCUGCACAUUGCUGCUUGCUGCUAUAAUAUGCCAAAUAAACCACGUUUGGAGUAAGCUGUUCCCACCAAUCCCAACGCCCAGCAACAAAUUCCGAGACCCUUUCCCUACUGACUACGAGAGAGCACGGACCUGCCCCAGCUCCACGGAGACCGAGGUGGGCAGCCUGGCUGAAGGCCUCUCCUGCAGUGGCCUGGAUGACUCCGUGUUCUGA